AUGAGCAGCAGCGCCCAGUGGGACAGCAAACAGGACAAGAAGCUCCUGAAACCCUUGAUGGAGAAGCGGCGCCGGGACCGUAUGAACCGGAGCCUGGAGCGACUCCGGCUCCUCCUAUUAGAAGCCACCCAGGACGAGAGACUUAAAAACCCCAAAGUUGAAAAGGCCGAAAUUUUACAAAAAACAGUUCACUUUGUGAGGACCCAGCCUCCUGCAGGUAUCCCCUUCGGCGCGGCCGGCUACUCCUCUUCCUUGGCUCUAGCCCGGGGGGGCCCGUUGGCCAACCCAAGUUGGGCCCGGACCAGAUACGACUACGAGCCGGCGAGGCGAGACGACACCUUUUUGCAGAGGUACCACAGCGGCUAUCGGGAAUGCCUGAGCCAGGCCACGCACUUCCUCCGCUCCAGCCCGGGCAUCUGCGCGGGCAAGAAGGCCUACCUGAUGGAGCGCAUCUGCCACUGCAUGGAAAAAAUCACCGCCCGGGAGCUGCCGACGGGCAGCCCCUUCUCCAACCCGGCCUACGCCCGCGACACCUUGGCCAGCUGCAGCCCGCCGCUCGGGGACGCCGCCUGCGUCCUGCACCCUGCUCCGGCCUUCCCCGCCGGCCACAGACUGCAGACCCUCGCGGCCGGCCGGCCCCAGCUGGGGAACUCCAGCAAAGGCGCUCGGGACAAGCUGAAUGGCUCACAGAACUCUGCUGGCCAGCCCCAGGAGCUCAACGUCUGGAGACCAUGGCCAUAG